GGUGUACAAAGUAGAAAUAGAAAGACUUGGAAGUUGGAAGACAGAAAGAAAGAAAGUUCUCAGAAAUGAUUUCAAUUCCAACGCGGUAUAGAAUUUUACGCAAUCGGAUCACUAUAUAAACUCUUUCUCUCUGUAGAUAGAAGAAGACUGCUUCAGAAAUUACUUCAAUUUUACUCUGAUCAAAAUUCCUUAAUCAAAAUUAUGGCUGCGAAAUAUGAAGAACCAGCAAUCGGGAUUCCAUACAACCCAAACUAUCAAAAUCCAGUACCUUUACAACAACAGAGUCAUCAAGGGCAAGGAUAUUUCAUGAGUGAAAAUCCAUAUCAAUCAGGAAUGAUCCCACCAAACGCAGUUUUCGUCGAUCCAAAAGGAAUUCCAUUACAGCAAACUAUCUUUAGAGAUACUCCUGCUCCUUUCAAUUGUGUCUACUGUGGUUCUUCUGGAAUCACUACCGUCAAGUCGAAACCAAGUCUAGCAGCUGUUGUGGGUUGCAUGAUGCCAUUCAUGCUCGGGAUAUGCUUUCUUUGCCCAUCAAUGGAUUGUCUCUGGCAUAAAUAUCAUUACUGCCCACACUGCAGUGAAAAGGUUGCUGAUUUUGAGAAAUCAGAUAUGUGUGCGGUGAUGGAUGCUGCAUCUUGGACCCAGACUAGCUUCGCAGUACCUGCUUAAAUGUUUUUCUCUGCACUGUUUGAAAAAUGUGUUGUUCUUAGGAGCUUAUGAUGUUCUUGGUUUUACCUUUCCCCUUUAGUGGGGGCUAGCCUUCUUUGGUAUAUUGUAGUUCUGUAAUAGAAGUUUGAUUAUAACUAAAACAGAGCUGAUAGUACUACACAUGAUUAUAUAGGUUUGUAUACUCUGUGUGAAACUGAAACGAUGAUUACUAUCUCCCAACAUCUUAUUAGUCAAGUUCUCUCAUUCA